UCUAAGUAUGAAAUUCCAGAAGACGUAAACGAAAAUGUUUUGAGGACUCUGAGAAAGGACACAGAGAUGCAAACAUUCAAAGCAAACAUUUCGGAACAGGACGAGCGAAGCGACUGUAUUACAAUUCUGUGCGUGGGGACUAUUGCUGGAAAAGACAGUGUGUUUAUCAAAGACAGUUUUAUCCGCACACCUCCAAAAGGCUCUUCUCUACCGCCUGUAUGUGUGGAUAUCCAUUUGAAAAAAAUUAAAUCAACACAGAACGAUCAGAAUGCGUUAUCUGUCUUGGAUGAAGAUGAUCCCGAUCCCGAGGGAUUCGCGGAAUUCACUUUCAAAUGUUUUCACGGGGCCCUUGUUUUUUGGAUUCCGGAACAUCCUUCUUCAUUGAGAGAAGCAUUAAAAUGGAAAGAAACAGUUGUCCAGUUUGCACAUUUGCAAAUCCUAUGCGUUCUCGUGGCUUUUAAUCCAACCAUUUUAGAACGGAUGGGAGAAGGAAAAAUCAUUGAAAGCCAGGUAGCUCUGGAACAUUUCUGUCGCGAUCAUGCAGGCUUCGAUUCGUGGUUUGAGAUGAAAUCUCGCGGUUGGAAUGGUGAAGUUUUCGAGCAAGCACUCUCCUUUCUGAUCAAUCAAAUCAAAAGUAACUGA